ACGAAGCUCGUAGUGCCGCUCUGACCACCGUCGCGGCUGGAGUAGCCGUCUUGUCGUCGCUUUACCUGCCGAUGAUCUCGGAUCGGUAAAGAUCGCGACGCUAUCCCGGAGCCAGCGGAACCCUCAGCGAACCGAUCGAGGGAAACGAUCGUGAAAAGAUCGAUGUGUAAGGGUGACUAUUAUAGGUGCAGCGAGGUCAUUACACUGAGCAUCCCUGAUAUUGUCGAGUGGUGAGUGCGCCCACCGUGGGAUCAACGAGGAGCAGCAGCUGAGAUAGUGGUGGUACAUCACUACGAGUGGAUCGACAGACGAAUCGUGGAUGCGGUCGCAUUAACAAACCUCCCCUUCCGAGAUUAACAUCGCUCGGCAGCCGACAAUCUCCGCGAAAAUAUCAGCAUGAGACGACAAUCGUUCUGCCCGAGUACGAGCAGCGGGAGCGGUGGUGCCGAGCCGCUGAUCGUCGUCGAGGAAAGCACGGUCGGCGAGGAGGAAGCGGAUCGCUGUCGCGUGGAAUCACCGCCGCGUUGCGUCGAUCCGGAUUCCCCAUCCUUGAAUCCCUAUCUGCUCUCGCCGUGGAGGGACGCCAGGAAGCAUUCCUUACCGACCCCGCAGUGCACAUCCGGGAUAACCGCAUCCCAGGUGCGACGAUUGAGCGAACGCGGCGGAGAAGGAUCCGGUCCAUCAGCGAGAGAAGCUGCCUUCCUGGCGACGCUCUCGCAGACGCCGGCUCCGCAGGCAGGCGGUCGACGACACUCUGUCGUCACGAUUUCCAAGGUGCCGACUACCCUAUUUGGUCGCAAUCGUCGAGAAUCUAUCGCCGCAUUUCCCAUGGGAGGCGCCACCAGGAUAUUGCAAGGCCGGCGGGACUCGUCCACCGGGAUAACCGGUCCGCCCAGUAAUAGUGGAAGCACUCACAAUUUGCAGCUCGACAUUAUGGACGAUAUCGCCGAGAUCAAGGCCAAAAAGGUUCGUUUAAAAAUGUACAAGACAUCGUCUCGCGAACGCGUAUGCGAGAUCCAGCCUCUGGAAGGCAAUGGCAGCUCUACCACGCAAAAAUACAUACAGCAUCAGAAACGUCGGUUCUCUGAGUUCUCAGCAUCGGUCGCGGCGUCGACAUCGGCGCUACGCAGACGUGCGUCUGAAAUGACGAAGCCGAUUUGCGAACUCGAUGUACCCUCUUCGGCAACAGCGGCGGGCAUUACAUGUUCUAACACAGACCUGAUAUCCAUUUUGAGUUCCUUGACGUCGUCCGCAUCGGAGAUAAACACGUGCGGCACAUCGGACGCAAAGGAUGAACAAAAAUCGAGCUGGUCCUCGAAGACGGCGGAGCAGAGACGUAAUCGACUCAAAAGCACACGAUCUAACAGCUUCGACGUGUCCAUUCUGCAUAGCACCAAAAGCAAAACAUCGAGCAGCAAGGGUACCGUAGGCUCGCUCGUCGCACAGAGCAAUUGGUUCACCAAGCGUCAUCAACCUAUCUCGAAAAAGAAUAGGUACCUGGAUGAAGAGAACGCGACGACGUUCAAACUCGACAAAUUAAAGAUAGUUAAAACCGUCAAGGAUACGCUGGCGAAGAACGUGGACACCAGGCACAAGGUUCUUUGGGAUGACAGCAGCGGUACCAAAGUGGACGCUCAGGUGCUCGGUAAUGCCAUCGAGAAGCUUCUUACCUCAACCCACAGGGGAAACGAUGCGGAAAUGUCGGGCAGUUCAUCUGGAAAACCAUCUGUGUCACCGAACAAGUCGCGCGGCGGCAAGGUCACCAGCUGGUUCUCGAGCGGAAACAAGGAGCAGGAGCAAGCGGACUGCGAUUCGAUUUGCUCCACUCUCAAGGACCUCUUCGUCAAGUAGUGCAUCAUCGUCGGACCGUUUCUUCACAAUUACGUCAUCUGUUUCGUUUUGUUACAUCAAGAUAUACCGGAUUGAGGUUUGAUAGCACGAGGUAUUCGUUGCACCGCUAUUAUUUAUCUUCUUUUCGUUUUCGCCGAAUGAGUUUUAUUAUUCGAACUAACUUCUUGUGUAAAUACGAAGAGAUUUGUUGGAACGGCUUCUCUCCUGUUUGCCUCCUUGAAUUGGGAAGGGAAAGAGAAAAAUCGGGCGCGAGAGAGGAAUAGGAAGAGAGAGAAAGAGAAAGAGAGAAAUGAAAAUUGCGAAAGAAAACAUAUUUUAUCGGAGAUGUAAUGAUUUUUUCUUUUCCUUUUUUACACAUUUUCUCGAAGAAAGGAACGUUAACACCCUCGCACGUUUAUUUUUUAUAGCAGCUUUAAAAAGUCUUUUUUAUCAAAAUUCUUUAAAACUUAAAAAUAAUAAAAGAUAUUGUCAGACUCGUUAUCGGAGGAAUAUUUGGAUCUUUCAACAUGGGGUUUUCAUACGUUUGUAAAAUUUUAUUUGAAAAAUUAAUAUUCAAUAAUAGAUGUUGCAAUUUUAAUUUUUGCACAGAUUAUACCGUUAAAUACGGUGAUUUACGAAGUUAAAGGCCUUUGCUAAAUUAUUUUUUGUAAUGCAAUAUGCGAACAUUGAUGAGUACGUAUACAUCGAUAUAUGUAUACAAAUUAUUUUAGAUUUUAUCCUCUAUUUAUGUUUGUCGCAAAUGAUUAUACUUAUAAUCACCGUGAAAUAAUAGAUAGGAGAUAAUAGAUAACGCUAUGAUAAAUCUGUUCUUGUCUAUCCUCGAUUCUUGUCUGAAUCAACGCACCUGCACAUACAACGCUCUAUAAUUUCUAUUAAUAAAGAGAGAAUGCGAAUCGGAGAGAGAUUGUUUAUAGAACUAUUUUCAUAUGAAACAAUUAUUUUUAAUGAUGUAUCGUUUUAAGUUGUUGCGAUCAGAUAAUAUUAUAUUGGCGUAAAAGAAUUCUAAGAGUAAGAUUAUGACGUAAAAAAUAUAUUCUGUGCUAUGUAAGUGUGUUUCGUAAGUAUAUUAACGAAUAUAAUAUGAAUAAAUGUUAAUGUCUAUCCUUUGCGGGUCAAAGGGAGGAGAGAGAGAGAGAGAGAAA